AUGUUUGGUAAAUAUGCAAUCACCACUGGAUCCUCCCUGAUGUUUGCCUACUCUGCUGAACUCUACCCUACAGUGAUCAGGAACACAGGAACAGGGACAUGCAUCACAGUUUCCAGAUUAGGCAGCUGCAUGGCACCAGCGUUGCUACAGCUGGGUACAUACUUUCAGUACCUUCCUUACAUCAUAUUGGGAACUCUGGCUACUGUGUCUGCCUUUUUGGCUUUCUUCCUGCCAGAGAGUUUUGGAAAACCUUUCCCUGAAACAACUGAGCAGAUGGAGCAAAGAAAAAGAAUGAAGUGUCCAUGCAUACCUGGAAACAAAGCCCCAAGAACACUGGUACCCCUGGACGAUCCACUAUGAUUAACUGCAGAGUAUUUUACCAACAGAGAUCAUAUUUGAUGAUUCUUUUCAGUACGUUAACUUUUCUCCAUGUCAUUUUUUUAAGUAUAUUUGUUUA